AUGUCAAAUUCCGGAAACGAAAUAGAGAAACGACUUGUUAACGAAGCUGUUGAAAGGGAAAUAGAACGCAUUCGUUUCAACUGGAAAAUUCGUGAAGCAAACUACGUUGAAAAUAUGCUUGAAGACGAAUCCAAAUACAAUGAAAGUUUACGGCGUGACUUGCGGAGAAGAGAUAAUUUAUCCGAUAUAAAGAUCAAUCCAGACGAUGAUUUCGUGCAACAACGUCAAAAAGAACGCGCUAAAGCAUUCCGUUAUUUUCGCGUCAGUAGGAGAAUCAAAAAAGCCAAACUUAAAUAUCGUUUUCAAUAUGUGACCAAUAAAUUGCUGGAAAGCACCGAUAUGCUCGAAUCCGUUCAUGAUUUGAUUGGCGAAGCAGAGCAGAAACUGAUCAGUCAAGGAUUCAGCAAAGAUAAGAUUGAAACUUUGCGCAAAUAUUUCAACGUCGAUGAGGGAGCUGAGAUCCUAAAUAAUAUAAAGGAAUCGUACGAUAGAUAG